AUUUGAAAGUAACAUUUUUUUGUUAAGACUAUGGGGCUAUGGGGACUAUGGUUUUUAAGACAUUCUGUGCUACUUGCUAAGUAACCGGUUAUCCUUGCUUUAAAUUGAUUUCAGGAGAAUAUGAAAGCCACUGCGGCCUUCAGGAUAGUCGGCACUCGUUCUGCUGCCCAUUUUACCUAUCACCCAACUACCCUUAACACAACUCAGGUACAAAGUUCUGCAAAUAUCAAUCAUCCGAAAUUAAACAUGUUCCAAGCCAUAGUUCAAGCAUUAGACAUAACACUUCAAAAGGAUCCCAGUGCUAUUUUGUUUGGUGAAGAUGUGGCGUUCGGAGGUGUGUUCAGAUGCUCAAUGGGCUUGCGCGAUAAAUAUGGGGAAAGUAGAGUUUUCAAUGCUCCCAUUUGUGAACAAGGGAUUGCUGGAUUCGGCAUUGGAGCGGCAGUCGGUGGUUUGACUGCUGUAGCUGAAAUACAGUUUGCGGAUUACAUUUUCCCUGCCUUUGAUCAAUUGGUCAACGAAGCUGCGAAAUAUCGCUACCGAUCAGGGAAUCUAUUUAACUGUGGAGGUCUGACGAUUAGAGCGCCUUGCUCAGCAGUUGGUCAUGGUGCAGUUUAUCAUUCGCAAUCAGUAGAAGCGUUUUUCGCUCAUUGCAGCGGAUUAAAAAUUGUAAUUCCGAGGGGAGCGUACCAAGCCAAAGGUCUUUUACGAGCUUGCAUUAACACUCCAGAUCCCUGUUUGUUUUUUGAACCCAAGAUUUUGUACAGAACUGCCGAAGAUAUUGUUCCGGAAGAGGACUAUGAACUUCCAAUUGGCCAGGCAGAAAUAGUUCGCCCUGGUAAGGAUAUUACUCUCAUAGGAUGGGGCACUCAAGUUCACGUUCUCAUGGAUGUUGCUGAGGCGCUGUUUGCCAAAGACGGAACUGAAUGCGAAGUGAUUGACCUGCAGACUAUUGUGCCCUGGGACGUGGAUACAAUCUGUGACUCAGUUUCAAAAACUGGCAGAGCUCUUGUGAGUCAUGAAGCUCAAUUAACAGGAGGCUUUGGAGCUGAAAUUGCAGCAACAAUUCAAACAAACUGUUUUCUUAACUUAGAAGCGCCCAUUGAACGUGUUUGCGGACUAGAUACUCCGUUUCCACAUGUGUUUGAGCCGUUCUAUAUGCCUACAAAAUGGAAAGUGAUUGAAGCAAUAGAAAAAGUUUUGGCGUUUUAGAAACUAGCAUAGCAACAAACUUUGUAUUAAAUAUUUAGCAGACCCUAUGUAAAUCGAUUGUUAGAAAGUCUGAAAUCGAAAUGGGAGUAUUCUUAAUUUAAAUGUUUUUACCCUAGCGAUAAACUUUGUUCACAUGAGCUAUAAUUUUAAGUUGCCUGUUUAAAGUCUUUAGUUCUGAUGAGUCUAGAGCAGGGGCGGAUCGGUUUCCUCGAAGGGGACGGAUUUUCAAAAAAAAUAUCGAAAGUUUUGUCGACCUUUUUUUUAGGUCGAACAAAU